UAAAAGCGCAAUUGGAAUUGAAGGAGCGCAGACUUGACUGUUGAUGUCGCGAAAGGGAGUUCACACUAAAUAGAGAAUCUCCCGUAGGUACACACACUCAGAGAACAUCAGCGCAGAGUUAAGGAUUCUAUUGCCUAAUGUUGGAUUGUUGCCAUUGAUGCGCUAACCAAUCAACAUUACAAGUUAUACAAUAAAUUAUACUCUGAAAGAACUAAGUGAUUCUCGAGGAAGGGGGUCAGUCUGUGUGAAUCUAGGAGCGGACCCGACGUUUUCCCAGACAAGAUAACGAUGUCUGGCUCUUAUUGCAAAAGUUUAUACUCCUUCAGCGGGGACCAACAUCAACAGGGUUUGACUUUCGAAGUGGGAGAAAUCAUAAGGAUAGUUCAUCCGUUGCCUGGCGGCUGGUGGGAAGGAGAGCUGGAUGGAGUCAGGGGAUGGUUUCCAUCAAGUUAUGUUCAAGUCUUAGAGAAAACUGCGUCUAUGACCUCACUGCCGGUUGAGGACGUCGGAGAGCCUCUCCCUCAACACUGGAAGUGCUACAUGUCACCACAGGGGCGGCGCUACUAUGUCAACACCUCCAGCAACGAGACAACAUGGGAGAGACCUUCCAGGGUACCUGGGACACCCAGCACCCCUCUGAAACACAAGAACUCACUACCUACAGUGAAUGGGUUUCGCACCAGUGGUAGUCCGUUGCAUCAGAAUGAACAUUCCCAUAUCAGUCUGGUCAAAAAGCCUAGUUUAGAACCACAGAGUCCAUGUCCUACAUCACCCACCAGGUGGCAGAGCAAAGAGACUACCAUCACAAUUAACUGUGUAACGUUCCCCCUCCCUAUGAGUACACCUGAACAGCAGCUGUUGAAGCCAGAUGAGUGGAGCUACUGUGAUUACUUCUGGACGGAUAAGAAGGACCCUCAGGGGACAAGCUGUAUCUCAGGGUUUGAGGUCUUACUGCAGAAACAGCUGAAGGGGAAGCACAUGCAGAAAGAGAUGGCUGAGUUUAUACGAGAAAGGAUAAAGAUUGAAGAGGAAUAUGCCAAGAACCUCGCCAAGCUAUCGCAGAUUCCCCUCGCAGGACAGGAAGAAGGUACUCUUGGGGAAGCCUGGGCUCAGCUAAAGAAGAGUCUGGCUGACGAGGCCGAGGUUCACCUCAAGUUCUCCUCUAAGCUCCAGAGCGAGGUGGAGAAGCCUCUGUUGACGUUCAGAGAGAACUUUAAGAAGGACAUGAAGAGGUUCAAUCAUCACAUCGCAGAACUACGGAAACAGCUGGUUGGACGACACUCAGCCGUGGAGAAGGCCCGUAAGGCUCUAGCGGACAGACAGAAGGACUUGGACGUGAAGACCCAGCAGCUGGAGAUCAAACUAAGCAACAAGAUGGAGGAAGACAUCAAGAAGGCUCAGCGGAAAUCCACACAAGCAGGAGACGACCUGAUGCGCUGUGUGGACCUUUACAACCAGUCGCAGUCCAAAUGGUUUGAGGAGAUGGUGACCACAAGCCUGGAGCUGGAGAGGCUGGAGGUAGAGAGGGUGGAGAUGAUACGACAGCAUCUGUGUCAGUACACCACCUUACGGCAUGAGACUGACAUGUUUAACCAGAGUACGAUGGAGCCAGUGGAUCAGCUGCUACAGAGUGUGGACCCAGCUAGAGACAGAGAGCUCUGGGUCCAGGAGCAGAAGACAGGAGACAUCAGGCCUGUGGACAUUGAGAUAUAACACACCUCGUUCCCAGGGGUCACACACAUGUGGAUCCACAAGCCUGGAUCUUUACGAGGGCUUCAAUGUCAACUUUGAGAUAUUAUAGACAUCCUGAGAAAUCUGGAUGACUCGCUCCACAGCUCCACAGACAAAAGUCUGCUCUUUAGAGAGCGAGCACCACCACCAGAAAGUGUUCAUUAUGACCUAGAGGAUUCUAUAUGGUAGACAGACAGUGUUCAUUGUGACCUAGAGGA